CUGCUGUCGCUGUUGCUCCUGCUACGAUGCAGCUCGUGCUGCUACUUAUGACGGCCGCUGCAGCUGCUGUGUAUGGUUCCACCGCUGUCCGAAAACUUGGCGAUAUGCCGGAAAAUCUAUAUGCCAAGGAACAAAAGGCAUUUAAGCACUGGUCGGCACAUUUAAGUGGAUAUACAGGUUUCAGCACGGCCUCCAGUUCACCAAACGAAAACACUGCCUCGUGGGUCUGCACCGUCGCCCCAAAAACAGGAAUGGCGUGUUGCGGCUUGCCUUUUAUAGGCCGGAUGUCGUAUGCCUGCGGAUUUUUACGUCCUUGCGCAUCCGUUCAUCACGGCCUUGACGUUUCCCCACUUUGAGGUGCCAUCGGGACACAACCCUGCG